GCGCCCAGCUCCCGGGAAAAAGUCGUUGGUGUUUGGUGGGGAUUUUUUUUCGUUGUUUCUUGGCAUGUCAAAGUCAUUUUUCAAUUUGAAUGAAAGCGAGGCCAAAAGAAAGAAAGAAAGGGCUCAGUCACCUUAACCAUCUCGUCAUCUGCAGCACAGUGAUGAAUCGAUGAUAAAUUAAAUUAGUUUGUUCAACCAACACCUCCAAGAAAAGGACACCUCUUUGCGUUCCAGCACAGCACAGUACAUCUUCUAGUAGCACGUACUCCCUCCGUCCCAUAAUAUAAGAGCGCUUUUUCUGCAUGAACGGACAGAGAGGGAAGCUGUUGAGCCUGAGCUUUCCGAGCUGAGCAGAGCCUCACGUAACCUUCUCCUGUGCCUUGGCCGGACUGUUCAAAGAUGGAGAAGUAGCAAGGUCUAUUCUGUUGGGUGCGAGCAGAAAUGUGUCGGCGUGUGGUUGGAGGAGGAGCAACCGGCGAGCGCGAGCAGAGAAAAUAAAGAUGCCAGCUUUGCUCUCCCGGACGGACGACGGUGACCUGUGGAAUCCCGUGGAACGCGUGGAGGAGCAGGAAUUAAUGGCGGCCGCUUCACCGCGACCGAGGGUGGAUCUCAUCUCAUCUCGCAUGUGACCGUUUCGAGGAGAGCCAGCCAACACGUCCUAGUCCUCCCUCCUAGUGCCGCCUGCCCAAUUAGGAGACGUCCGGCAGGCGGCAGCAGGGAGAGGUCCACUCCACCCCACCCGUCGCGCCAGCCCGGCGAUGGAGCUGCUGUGCAAGGCGCCGGUGCUGAGCUGCGGCGCCAGGAGGGGCGGAACGGGGUCGCCCAUGGGCCCGCUGGCGGGCGCGUUGGGCCGGUGGAUCUACGGGGCCGUGAUGCCGCCGCCGCCGCCGCCGCGGAUCUGCGGGGCGCCCGGCGGGCCGCCCGUCACGGCGCCCAGGGUCCGGCUCAGCGACGGCCGCCACCUCGCCUACGCCGAGUCCGGCGCGCGCAAGGAGGACGCGCGCUACAUGGUCGUCUUCUCCCACGGCUUCACCGGCUCCCGCCACGACACCGUCCGCCCCUCGCCGGAAGUGGCUGAAGAGCUCGGCGUGUACAUGGUGGGUUUCGACCGUGCGGGUUACGGCGAGAGCGACCCGAACCCUAACCGAUCUGUGAAAAGCGCCGCACUCGACGUCGAGGAGCUCGCUGACGCACUAGGAUUGGGCCCUAAAUUCUAUGUGAUCGGCAUCUCCCUCGGGUGUCAUGCUGUCUGGGGCGCCCUCAAGUACAUCCCUGAAAGGAUUGCUGGAGCUGCAAUGAUGGCUCCGGUGGUGAACUACUGGUGGCCGGGCUUCCCUGCGGAUCUCGCCGCGGAGGUGUACAACAAGCAGGAGGUGGGCGACCAGUGGGCGCUGCGCGUGUCACAUUACGCCCCUGGCAUCCUCCACUGGUGGAUGGACCAGAGCUGGCUGCCCACCUCCACCGUCGUGGCCGGCACCACCCCGCUCCCCAACAAGCGUGACGCCGAGAUCCGCGCCAAGCUCAAGGCCGACGGCACGUUCCAGCAGAAGAUGGAACUGGCAACACAGCAAGGCAUCCAUGAGUCGUACUACCGCGACAUGAUGGUGAUGUUCGGCAAGUGGGAGUUCGACCCGAUGAGCCUGCCGAAGCCGGCUUGCCCUGUCCACAUCUGGCAGGGCGACGAGGACGGCCUGGUGCCCGUGGUGCUGCAGAGGCACAUCGCCAGCCGGCUCAGCUGGGUGAACUACCAUGAGCUCCCCGCAACCGGGCAUUUCCUGUCGCCGGUCCCCGGGCUAGGUGACACCGUUCUUCAGACCCUUUUCGGCAAUGCUAAGCAAUGAUCAGCAACAGCAAUAGCAGCUCUGAACAUACUACGUUGCUGAAGUAUAGCGUUCUUCCGGUGCAUUGUUUUAUUCUAAGGUGGUCAGGUAAUCGCUGCUGAUUAGCGACGAUGUUAUAGGUGAAAUGGUGGUGUAGCAUCAAGUGUUUUUUGUGGUGGAAAUCGCGCGGCCAGGAUGUGCGCGCAAAAUAUGUAAUUGAACCUUGGAAGUUAGAAACGAGAAAGUAGUGGAACUACUAUACCAUGAUGAUCUUACCUUUUACUCCGUACUUAUUUUUUGGA